UAAACAAGUAACUUUGUGUUCAAGCCUAUAUAUACAUUGAAUAAUUAAUUGGAUUGAGUAGGCAAGUUCGAAGGCUAGAGUUGGACUUAUUAGAUGUGUUUGACUGAAUUGCCUCUUUCAUAAUUCAUCCACUACUUGUUACUCAUUAUUGUUCUACUGCUGCAUAUCCUUUUUCCAUUCUGGAUACUGUGUUCAUGUUACCGUAUAUUUCCAUUUUCCUUGUUUCAACUAUGCUACUUUGAGUUUGUGAUAACCAUAGUACCGUUACUAUAUUAGUCCUUUGAAGAAGCGGAGUAUUGAAUAUAAAAGGUUUUCUCGCUAAGGGGGCGUGGAAAGGGCAAACCGGAGAACAUCUUAUAAGGAGGAAUCAUACGGGGCCUUUGGUAGGGUUUAAGAGAAAUUUCAAGUUUGAAACAAGUGAGUGUGGCCAAAAUAAAACUUGGUUGACGCUAGAAUAUCAAGUUGCCGAUAAUAUUUUUAAGGAAAACAAUCAUAUUCUUAAAGAAGAUUGUGUGGUGUGUCGGAUCAAGAAGAAGAUGGAUAAAGAGAAGAACGUGGAUCAUGUUAUGGAGGCACAAGAUGGAGAUGUUGAGGGAAUUAUUGGUCCUAUGUUGCUUGAACCUAAUCAGAAUAACGACUACUCCACAACGGAAGAUCAAGUUAGGGUUUGUGAUGAACAAGAUGUAGUUGAGGCAACAACUUCCGAAUAUGAUGUUCAAAACAGUACUUAUGAAGCUACUACAGUGGAGACGAGAGAGACAAUGUUAGAAGUACAAGAAGGUCAUGGAGUUAAUGAUAUUAGAAGCGAUGAAUCUCAAAAAGAGAUGUAUAGAACAUUUGAGGACAUUCCUGUUGAUAUUCUUGACGAUUGGUUGCAGAAUUCACUCGUUCUAACAAGAUGUAUAAUACACAUCAAAAUAUUUAUAUAGUUCCUUAAAUGGAUUUAAUAGUUGAAAAAAAUUUGUAUAUAGUUCAAUUUUGCCCGUAUAUAUGAAUGUCCAUGUUCUGAUUAAUAUUGUUAUCAUGAUUACUAUAGCAAUCUUCCAUCUUCAGGGAAUUUUCUCUGUAACUAGGAGUGUCGUUUUGGUAUCUUUGCUUAACACUAA